AUGUCCUGUCUGGUUGCUCCGCUUGAUUCCGCACUCUGUCUGUUCACCGUGCCCGUGGGGGCACCUCCCAGGGAUCCUAAACUCUCAAGGAGCAAGACUCGCCCGCAGCAUUCGCCUGGUAGGAGAGAAAUCAAGAAUGCGAACGCCAGACGUCAGGAAGAAUUGGAGCAAUAUAUGCGUGGGAGGGCAGCAAAGGGGGGUGGGCAAACGCUCGAUUAUGAGACGGAGAGCCUACAGAAGCAGGUGAUCCCUGGAAGACGCCGCUCCGAUGAUUUGGAGUCGGUACAAUCCGAACGGACCCGAAUUCGGUCUCCGAGACGCCUUUCCGACCUUCCACCCCGCAAGAUGCUCGAUGUACCCGCCGCCGUCGAGGAGGAUGUCGAGGAGAAGGUCUCGGCUUUCGACCUUACGCCCCUGACAAGCAAGGGUCACAACCGUAAUGCCUCCUCUAUGUCUUUCAUUCGUAUCACUGAGUGGUUGCGUGGGAGCAAGUUGCGCGUUACUUGGGCUAGCUAUGCUACGGUUGGGAUGGUCGAAGGUGGCGUGACAGCAGCCAAGAAGAAGGUCGGUGGUACAUUCAGAACACAUGUGUCUAGGAAGAAGAGGCUUGAGGGAAGGGCAGACAAGCUCUAUGCUACGUUUGAGAGUUGAACAACGUGAGUGGGAGUGGGCUUGAUGACAUGAAUGACUAUAAUGGUUUUUAGGCAGAGGUUAGCUGUACGAAUAUAUUGAUUGAUGGUCAAAACUGCUAAGAAUAUGGCUCAGCGGCAUUCAUAAACUUACGCACGGGAGAGAACCGCCCUUCAUGUCUGAGCUUACGCCUUCCUAGCCAAAAUCUCCGC